AUCAUCAGGGCGCUGCAAGCGACGCUCACACACACACACACACACAGCAGCGGUCCUCCUUUAUUCGGAAUUGGUCGUACAGUUCCUUUCCUACACAGACGACAUGAAAUGUUGAUGUGGUGAAAAUGAACAAACCCAAAAUGGCCACAGAGAAAGGUGUUCCCAGUAACUCCAGGGUGCUGAUGCUCCUGGGACAACUGGAGAGGAUGAACGGAGAGGCCAUGGGGAGGGAUGUGGAAACGGCGAGACAGGUCACUGCGAAGAUACUUCAUCUCAUUCAGACACAAGAGAAGAGCGGGAAAGAGGUGAUGUCCAAAGGCUCCACUGGAAUGGAGGUCAUCCUGGCUUCACUUGAGAGCUCCCGGGAUGUCCAGACAACUCUGAACAUUUUGUACAUUCUUACCGAGCUGCUGACUGUGGGCAGAGGCCGCAGGGCCGGAGUAUUUGUGUCUAAAGGAGGAACGGGAGUAUUAUUUCAGAUUCUCAUCUCUGCAAGUAAAGAGUUGCCUCCUAGUGAGGAGCUCAUGCUGCAGCUUCAUUCACUGCUGGCAAAGGUCGGCCCUAAAGACAGAAAGUUUGGUGUGAAGGCCCGUUUGAGCGGAGCGCUGAAUGUCACAGUCAACCUGUUGAAACAGAACCUACAGAACACCAAACUGCUUCUGCCCUGCCUGCAGGUUCUCAGGGUUUACUCCACCAACUCGGUGAAUGCUAUUUCUCUGGGCAAGAACGGAGUGGUGGAGCUCAUGUUCAAGAUCGUGGCGCCGUACAGCAAGAAGAACACCAGCCUGCUCAAGGUAGCUCUGGACGCACUGGGAGCUCUGCUCAAAUCCAAGACGAAUGCUCGCCGUGCAGUCGAUGGCGGACAUGUUCCGAUCUUGUUGGCUCUGUACCUGGACUGGCAUCGCAACGACACAAGACAUCGUCACAUGCUGAUACGUAAAGGGCUGCUCGUCUGCCUCAGGAACAUCACCAACAUCAAGCUGGGCAGGAAAGCCUUCAUAGACGCUGACGGCAUGAGGGUCCUCUACAACUCCUCCACGGAGUGUCUCCCAGUGCGGACUCUGGAUCCUCUGAUCAACACGUCGAGCCUCAUCAUGAGGAAGUGUUUUCCUAAGAACCGUCUUCCUCUGCCCACCAUCAAAUCAGCCUUCCACUACCAGCUGCCACAUAUACCUGCUGCGGGGCCUGUGGCACAGCUGUACAGCCAGCCACCUGGGGGGAGGAAAAGCCAUCAGCUCUGCAACAAGCCCUUAAAGAAGGUGGACGAUGUGGUGGAUGAAAGUGAUAACGAGGAGACGGACGCAGACACGGAGAACGACGAGAACGAGGAGGACGAGAAGGAUCAGCACACCGCUAAUGACGACAUAGAGACGGACCUUAACAAGCUGCAUCCCAAAAAGAUCCCUGGACGUCCCUUUGAGGAGUUAAGGGUUUAUGAAAGGUUCUUUGUGGAGCUUUCUGAGGACUUCCAGGGUUUCAACUUUGAUUGCUCGAAGAGUGCCUCUACCACAUCUUCAUCAUCCACCUUCUCCUCAUCGUCAGCCUCCACUCAGCCCUCUCGGCCAAUCAUAGUGCCCACAGCUCAGGCCCUGUCCCCCAAACGGGAUCCCAUAUCGAUCCCACUGGGGGGUUGCAAUCCUACCAAAGGAACACACACACUCCCGUCUCCUUCUGCACCCACGCCCACUCCUCCUGCUCCUCUAGUGCCCUUAGAACUGGACACCAUCCACCUGGACAAGGACCAAGACAAACAGGAGAAGGCCAACAUUCCUUCCCCCGACACACACUCGGCACGUUCCCCCCUCAGCAGGCCUCCUCAGGGGCAGGUGAUAGCACAGGAGCUCGUGAAUGUGUUGGAGGGCGUGUCUCUGGACGAGGAGGUGUUUCUGAGUGCAGACGACGGAGGGAGAAAGGGAGUCAAACAAGAAGGGUCCCCGGUCAACACCACAAGACACAUCCAGUCCCCCCUGCUCCUGGGGGGUAUCCCUGCGCUGCGUGUGGGAGGAGGAGGCAGCAACUGGGGAUCGGAUUGUGGCUCAGAGGGUGCUGAAGACGAGGGAGCGGAAGGAGCUGUUCUGGAGGUGCCGGACACGGCGCUGCUCCUCCCGCUGCACGACCCCGACCUCUACGUGGAGAUGGUGAAGGGAACGCUCUCCGUACCUCAGUACGCUGAAGUGGCUUACCCAGACUACUUUGGCCAUGUGGCUCCAACUUUCAGGGAGCCCCAUCUGGAGAGAGUUUAUGGCGUUCAGAGGUCUAAGAUAUUCCAGGACAUUGAGAGGUUGAUCCAUCCUAACGAUAUCGUGGAUAAAGUAGUUUAUGACCUGGACAUUCCAAGUUGUCCUUUGAUUGAAGACAACGGGGAGUCGCUGAAGUUCAACUCUCAGUUUGAGUCUGGAAACCUGAGGAAGGUGGUUCAAGUGAGAAAAAAUGAGUACGACCUGGUGCUGAAUUCAGACAUCAACAGUAACCACUACCAUCAGUGGUUCUACUUUGAGGUGAGCGGUAUGCGAGUGGGAACAAUGUACCGCUUCAACAUCAUCAACUGUGAGAAGUCCAACAGCCAGUUCAACUACGGCAUGCAGGUACUGAUGUACUCUGUGCAGGAGGCGAUCAGUGGAAGGCCUCGCUGGGUCAGAACAGGAACAGACAUCUGUUACUACAAGAAUCACUUUGCGAGGAGCUCCAUUGCAGCCGGCGGUCAGAAAGGAAAAUCCUAUUACACGAUGACCUUCACAACGAGCUUCAGCCACAAGGACGACGUCUGCUACUUUGCCUAUCAUUACCCGUACACAUACUCCACUCUUAAGAUGCACCUGUCCAAACUGGAGGCUCUGAGGACCCCCCAGAUCUACCUGAGACAGGACGUCCUGUGUGAAACUCUAGGGGGAAACAAAUGCCCCCUCCUCACCAUCACUGCCAUGCCAGAGUCCAACUCCAAUGAUCACAUCUGUCAAUUCAGGAAUCGCCCAUUGAUCUUCCUGUCAGCCAGAGUGCACCCCGGAGAGACCAACGCUAGCUGGGUAAUGAAGGGCACGCUGGAGUUCCUGAUGGGCACCAGCCCGCUGGCAGCCAGCCUGAGAGAUGCCUACAUCUUCAAGAUCGUCCCCAUGCUGAACCCUGAUGGAGUUAUAAAUGGAAAUCAUCGUUGUUCUCUGAGCGGAGAAGAUUUGAAUCGCCAGUGGCAGAGCCCCAAUCCUGAGCUCCACCCCACCAUCUACCACACUAAGAGCCUGCUGCAGUACCUUGCACACAUACAAAGGGCACCGCUGGUGUUUUGCGAUUACCACGGUCAUUCCAGAAAGAAGAACGUGUUCAUGUACGGCUGCAGCGUGAAGGAGACGGUCUGGCAGUCCAACAUCAGCGCCACGUCCAGCGACCUGCAAGAAGACCUUGGAUACAGGGCUCUACCUAAGAUCCUGUCCCAGAUCGCCCCGGCCUUCAGCAUGGCCAGCUGCAGUUUUGUCGUGGAGCGCUCCAAAGAGUCGACCGCCCGCGUUGUUGUAUGGAGAGAGAUAGGAGUGCAGCGCAGCUACACCAUGGAGAGCACGCUGUGUGGCUGUGACCAGGGCAAAUACAAGGGUCUGCAGAUCGGCACCAGAGAGCUGGAGGAGAUGGGCGCUCAGUUCUGCGUGGCCCUGCUGAGGCUGAAGAGGCUGACGGGGCUCCGCAACCACCAACAUCUGCUGGAUCUGGAGAGCGAUAUCAUCGGGCCGCAGUGUAAAGUGGUCAGCAGCAGCACCACGACCUACGUGCUGGAGGAGGAUGAGCCGUCCUUUCUGGAGGCGAUAGACUACAGCGCCGAGAGCGACGACGCCGAGGCCGAGGCCGAGGCCGACAACGAACACAGGAUCGAAGUCCACGAGAACACCGAUCACCUGGAUCCCCCGUCAGACUCCGACUUCAAUCACAGGGACUAACGCCGAGGUGUUCCUCACUCCUAGACCGUUUGAGCUUCUAAACAAGCAGCGCUCAAAUCGUUAGCCGACUUAAGAUAAAAUAACUAGUCACCCCAACACUCCUCACUCUGGUGAACAAAUAACUUAACGUAACCUUUGCUGUAUAGACACUUUAUGAUGGUGUGUAGUCUACUCUCUCGCGCAUUCAGACGCUCUUUUCUCCUAAAGGUGCAACUCCACCUGCCUUCCACUUUUAGCCAGGCUGCUAUAAGCCCUCAAUAGAAAUCAAAGUGGAUUCCAAUGAAUGUUUUCACCUCUCACUUUUAUUCUGCAACCUUCAUGAACUGUUAGCCCUGACCUCGGACACCAUAUAGCCUCUGAGAUUCACUUAAAGCUAGCCCCAGGGGGAAGCAGACAGCGGGCACCACCGAUCCUUAACUUGAACCCGCGUCCACUAGCUUGUUCUUCACAGCCGAUCUUACACUUUAGCUGUGGUGGUGUUACAGAGACAGCGGCUUCUUUGGUGUGGUCUUUAAACCCCUGUCACCUGUGUUGUAAUAAACACACUCCUGAUGAUAAGAGGGGGAACUGAGUCUCCUCCACUGACCAGUUUAGAGGUGCAACCAAACAUGCCUUCUUACUUUCUGUUUCCGUUUUUUCUCUUUAGCCAAAAAUAAGCGCUUUAAUGCUUCGCUCUUUGCGGCCUGUCUCGUGUCCUUCCUGUAUUGUUUUCUUCGUUUUCUUUGGUGUUUAAAUGUGUCGUGGGGAUGAACAAACAUCUCUGCAUCACAGCACACCUGUAGGUCAGUGUCUGUCCUAAGUGUGUCAUGUAGAAAACCUGCUAAGGCCAGAGAUACACUUGCUUUUAACCUUGCAGUCAUACACUCAGUAACGUGAUUGUUUACAUUCUUAGCUAUGCACUACGUGUGAUACUGGAGGGUACCACUUGAGGGCGCACCAGAUAGAGAGAGAGAGAGAGAGAGAGAGAGAGAGAGAGAGAGAGAGCUCAGGCUGUAUGCAACUCUCUGAUGUGCGGGAUGUAAAGUACAGACAUGAAAACAGUUAGAGAGGUUACCAUCAUGUUCAUUAUGAGAUCAGAACAUAAAAUAACCUCAAUAAUCCAUCAUAGAUGAGCUCAGUCGACUCAUGAAAGUUGGACCAUGUUCCUGCAGAAUUCUCCUCCGUUAUAGUCCCAGACUCGUUUGAUUUAGUUCAGCAGGUUUCCACGUCGACUGAAAAUGGAACGAGUGUGUUGCCAGAUUUCUUGACAGGCAUGUUUGUCGCUGCUGUGUUGAUUCUGUCAAAUCCCCCUCGUCCCCUACAUUACUCUUUAAAAGUCACUCUCCAUCUUGCUCUGGUGUUGCGUUCACUUUUUAGGACAUGCACAGCGACCGCGCCUAAGGCAAAUCAGCCAUCUUGCACACGCUUAAAAGUAGUUCAAAGCAAGUACGUCUGUGGCGCAGGUUGUUUCGGUACUCGAGUUGUGACCUCACUCCUCUCCUUUCUUCUCGGGCCGUCCGUGCGCGAGGUCCGAUCAUCCACCACGUGCUGUUUGUCUUGCUUAAUCCAAAACUGAAACUCUUUAAAUAACGCAGAUUGUAGAAUGUUCUCGUCUCUUAUCGAGGCCGCACCUUGUACAGAACAUGGAUCAAAGUAAUAAUCACGCACCACAAACGGAACAAUAACAGGGUUAGAACGAGAAGUCAGAACAUACAGACGGAAUGUAAAGUAUCCACAUGCACUCUGUUCGGUGUUUUUAAUAAUAGACGGUGUCGAAAUGUUGGACAGAGCAAGAUAAGAACAAGACGCAUGAGGCUGCAGAGAGCUUUAAAAAAAAAAAAACGGGAAAAAAAAAACCUUUUGCACUUUGGAUAAACACUCACACAACAAAAAACCGGACUGAACGACAGUGAAAGGUCACGUUACAACAUGUCACAGUUUGCAAACCUCAACUUCACUCACCUCAGUCGUCCAGCCUACAGCUUUGAUGUUUUAAAGAAAUAUACUGGAAUUGAGUUUCCUUUUUAUCUGUACAUUUUGUGGAUUUACUUACAGGAGAGACUGUUGCAUAAUAUCAGAUGGUGCUUUGUAUUGGGAGUCGUUUUGAUUGUUUCUUUUAUUUGUUUUUAAUAUUUGAGUUUCCGUUUGUACAGCUAGCGCAUGGCUUUUUUUUUUUUUCUGUUUUUAUUUUGUAAUUUAUUAAACAUUGUUUAUGGGAUGCUACCUGUAUGUAUAUGAGGCUUUUUGAGAGUAUGAGUAUGUGAGUGUGUGUGUGUGUCCUUAGUUCAACCUCACAGUGUUUUACUUUCAAACUUGAUGAUCCACAUCCUCUCUCUGUCCUUCCCUCUAAACUCUUUCAUUCCCUCGUCUUCACUUCUCUCUUGCCUCUUUGUUUUCUUUUCUAUUGUUACUCAUGGACAUCCAACCCUGCUACCCCCCCCCCCCCCACUCUGAACUCUGAACGCAUGUGUGUUUUGAAAAGGAUAUAAGAGGUGUGAAAUAAUGUCGGCCCCCCUCUAAGAAUUGUGUGUGUGGGCUCUUAUAACUUGAAUUUCUUUUUGUGUGUGUCUUUAGAAGUUGAUGUCAACAAGAUGCCGCUCUUAUUUUGUUGGGAGGUUAAAACAAGAAGCAGAGAUAGUGAAUGAUUUUUAGUUGAUUGUAACAAAUACAGAAGCUACGAGUGAACUAUGGAAAUAAAAUGUGAAUGUGGAAA